CAGCAGGUGACGGUGGGUUCUCUGGGCGGCGGAUUAGGUGGCGCCGGAAAUGGCGGUACCGCCACGGUAGGCGCGCAGGGCCAAGCCAUGGUGAUGCCGGGUUUCCCGCUCCGUGCCGCAGCGGUGCCGCACUACUCCCCGUAUUCACCGUCGCGCUUUCACAUCGACAAACGUUGUCAGCACAGGUGCUCCUGGAAAUGCUUCUCGAUCGCCCUGAUCCUCCUGGCUGUGGCGCUGACGGCGAUGCUGGCGUAUUUUGCUGCAGUGAGCUCUAUGCGCCCGAUAGACAGCACUAACUGCAUUCUGGUUCAAGAUAUCAAGGCUAUGAUAAAUGUAGUUACCACAGUGAGCUCUAUGCGCCCGAUAGACAGCACUAACUGCAUUCUGGUUCAAGAUAUCAAGGCUGUCACUCACGAAAACGCACACAUCCACGACUCGAUAUCCACGCAGAUCCCCACAGAAGAAUCCCUGCCUACGAGCACGGCGGAGCAUUCGAGCGCCGCGGAUAGCGCCGGCGAUCAGCAGAGCGACCCGCAGAUCCAGCAAUCGGCGCAGCAAUGGCCGGCCGUGCUCGAGCUGCAGGCCUACAACGUCGCGCACUCCGCCAUCAUUCAGCCGUACCACUUCUGGAACACGGAAUUCCGCAACAAGCAGCCGGCGUUUAUCAGGCUGAACUUGACCCUGCCGUGGGGCGCGAAUUUCGCGGUGUACGGCAGGCGGAACGUCGCGCCCAGCGUCACGCAGUACGACUUCGUGGAGUUCGUGAAGGGCGGCCGGGUGGUUCACAGGCUGAAGAGGGACAUCACCGCGGAGGCCGUCAGUUUCAUGCAGUCCAGCAGCCCGCAGGACGUGGUCCGCGUGGAGCGCGCGGCGCAACCGCCCGCGUCUUAUCAGCACGUGCUCAUCAAGAGAACGAUCGUGGAGCCGCUGAUGGUCAACGUCAGCCUGCUGCAGUACUUCGACACCGGCGACUGGUUCCUGUCCGUGUACAACGACGAAUUGCAGCCUUACAAGGUCACCCUGGUCGUGACGGAAGCCGAAGGUGUCUCCACCACGUGUCCCAACGACUGCUCCGGACGUGGAUCUUGCUAUCUUGGCAAAUGCGACUGUAUAGACGGAUAUCAGGGUGCUGAUUGCAGCAAAAGCGUGUGUCCGGUUUUGUGUUCAUCUCACGGGCAAUACGGCGGUGGUAUGUGCCACUGCGAGGAGGGCUGGAAAGGCGCGGAGUGCGAUAUACCGUUAGGUGACUGCCAAGUUCCUGAUUGUAAUCAGCACGGCCAGUGCGUUAGAGGAUCCUGCGUCUGCAAUCCCGGCUGGAAGGGCGCUUUCUGUGAUGAACCCGACUGCUCCGAUCCGAACUGCAGCGGCCACGGCGCUUGUGUCUCCGGCAAGUGUUACUGCAAGGCCGGCUGGCAGGGCGAGCGGUGCAACCAGGUCGAUCAGCAGGUAUACCAGUGUCUGCCCGGCUGCUCCGAUCACGGCACGUACGACCUCGAAUCUGCGGCCUGCGUUUGCGAGGAGCAUUGGACCGGGGUCGAUUGCUCGCAGCCGAGUUGCGGUCUAGACUGCGGACUUCACGGAUCCUGCGAGCAAGGCCGCUGCAAAUGCCACGAUGACUGGACCGGAACGAAAUGCGAUCAAAAACCGUGCGAUUUGCGUUGCGCCGAGCACGGUCAGUGCAAAAAUGGGACCUGCGUGUGCAGCCAAGGAUGGAACGGAAGACAUUGCACUUUACCCGGAUGCGAGAAUGGAUGCAGCCGUCACGGAUUGUGCACCCUGCAGGACGGCGAAUAUAGCUGCGAGUGUUCGACCGGGUGGGCCGGCAGAGAUUGCAGCAUACGACUCGAAUUGGAAUGUAAUGAUUACGUUGACAAUGACGAAGAUGGCAUGAUGGACUGCUCUGACAGCGAGUGCUGCACGCACGAAGCUUGUUCAGAACAUAUCAUGUGCCUUGCUAGUAAUAAUCCCGUGGACGUACUUCUCCGAAAGCAACCGCCCAGCGUCACAGCGUCCUUCUAUCAGCGGGUGAAGUUCCUCGUCGAGGAGAACAGCGUACAGAGCUACGCCCACAUGGACGAGUACACGGAAAGUCGAGUUGCGGUGAUGCGAGGCCAAGUUGUUACCGAACAAGGACUCGGAAUAGUAGGCAUCAGAGUGUCCGUGGACAGGGAUUCGCGCUUUGGAUUCACCUUGACCAGAACAGACGGAUGGUUCGACGUCCUGGUCAAUGGCGGAGGCGCCGUGACGCUUCAAUUCCAGCGCAGCCCCUUCAAACCCCUCACGAGGACCGUCUUCGUACCGUGGAAUCAGAUCGUGGUCCUGCCGCCCGUCGUGAUGAUCCUCAGCAAGGAAGGCGAAUCGUAUAAAUCUAACCAGCCGCCGAGCCCGGCAGUUGGCUUCCCAGGGAUUUCGAUGGGACUCUUUAGCGAGCACGGCCCGUGCUUGGAGCACGAUCACGAGACACUACGGCCAAUUAUCGUUAGCACGUGGAUGCCGGAGAAAGUUGGCGGUUUGCCUGGGAAGAGCUUGGUCUUUGCUGAAAGUCAAAUCGUGCAGGAAAGCAUCGCUAUUCCGGGCUCCAAUCUCCACUUGAUGUAUCAAAGCAGUCAGGCUGCGGGCUAUCUCUCUACCGUGAGGAUGCAACUGACCGGGCCGUUCAUUCCGAAAUCGCUGACGCACGUACACGUGCAUGUGGAGAUCGAGGGCUCGCUUCACACGAAAACGUACGAGGCCGACCCGAAUCUGACGCACACAUUUGCCUGGAACAAGAGGAACGUUUACAAGCAAAAGGUAUACGGUGUGGCGCAGGCGAGGAUCUCGAUCGGCUAUCAGCAUUCCACUUGUCCGUCGGUGAUAUGGGAGACGCAGACGGCCACUUUGCAAGGAUUCGACGUCGAUAUCUCCGAUAUCGGCGGCUGGGGACUCGACAUCCAUCACCAUUACAACUUCCACGAGGGGAUCCUGCAGAAAGGCGACGGCUCUACUCUACAUUUCAAACAGUAUCCGCGCACUGUGAAAGUGGUAAUGGGCACCGGCCUCCAGAGGAGCUUGGUGUGUCAGAAUUGCGACGGUCUCGCCAAGGAUGCCAGACUCCUGACGCCGGUGGCACUCGCCAGCGGACCCGACGGCAGCAUUUACGUCGGAGACUUCAAUCUCGUACGCAGAAUCACGCCCGAAGGAAAAGUUUACACCGUCUUGAUUUUGAGCGCGACUCAAGUGGCGUAUCAGUACUACCUAUGCAUCUCGCCGGCUGACGGGCACUUGUAUAUCAGCGACCCGGAGAAACAUCAGAUAUUGAAAGCCCUCUCGUUGGAACAAGUCCAAGAUCCCAGCAUUAAUAUCGAGCCCGUUGUUGGAAGCGGCGAGAGAUGUAUCCCAGGUGACGAGGGCCACUGCGGUGACGAAGGUCAAGCUAUCCAUGCAAAAUUGGCUCAUCCCAAAGGAAUCGCAAUUGCGGCCGAUAAAACGAUGUACAUUGCCGAUGGAACGAAUAUUCGCGCUGUCGAUCCUCGAGGUAUCAUACAUACGCUCGUGGGACACCACGGUCAUCAUAAUCACUGGUCACCCGCUCCCUGCAUCGGAGCCAUUCCCGCGCAUCAGGCUCAAUUACAAUGGCCCACCGGAUUAACCCUGAGCCCAUUGGACGGAUCCCUUCACUUCAUCGAUGACAGAUUGGUUUUGAAACUCACCAGCGACCUGAAGGUGCGCGUGGUCGCUGGCACGCCUCUUCACUGUACCAGCAACGCAAACAGCAACAGCAACGACAACGACGAGCUUCCGAAACUGAACUCGUCGAUAACGACGAAUCCGAAGAAACCGGACGAGGUCUUGGGAUCGGUGUUGGCCGUCGGUUUCAGUCCAACCGGCGAGCUGUACAUAGCGGAUCGCGAUUCUCAUCGUGUAAACUCCAUCAGAAUUGUCGAUUCUUCCGGGAAAAUGUCGCACUUCGCGGGUCAACAGCAGGAUAGAUUGCGCGGCCAAUGCGAGUGCAACAAUACUACACCCAGCACCAAGGACUUGGACACGUGCACCUGCACGGACGAUACCAGCAGCACCGAGACGCUCCUCUCGUCGAACGCCAAGUUCACCGCGAUAUCCGCUCUGGCGGUUUCGCCGGACGGUGUCCUGCACGUGGCUGAUCAGGGCAGCCUUCAUAUCCUAGCUCUCCAGCCGUACCUUCCGAACCACGACGAGAACGGGGAGUUCCGUAUCCCGUUCCCGCCUUCAAACGAGAUCUACGUGUUCAAUCGCUACGGCCAACACAUCUCCACGAAGGACUUGACAUCCGGAAAGACCCGCUACUCUUUCCUGUACAGCAAGAACACGAGCUUCGGCAAGUUGUCGACGGUGACGGACAGCGCGGGCAAUAAGAUUCAAUUCCUGCGGGAUUACAGCAGCGUCGUUAGCUCCAUCGAGAACACUCAGGAUCAUAAAUCCGAAUUGAAAAUCUCCGCGGUUGGGUUCCUGGAGAAAUUGUCCGAACGCGGCAGGGCGGAGAUCGCUCUGGGUUACGAUGGCUCAACCGGUUUGCUCACCAGUCGAUCAGGAGGAGAUGAAACGUACAUAUACAAUUAUGACAGUCUGGGACGUGUCACCGAUGUAAUACUGCCGACAGGCGAGAAAUUGAAAUUAUUAUCGGACUUAUCUGACGACGAAGGUCUGUUAGUUAAAGUAUCUGCUCCGUUGCAAGCUUUAUCGAAAGGUGAUAAACAGCGAAUUGUAGAGUUUGAAAUGAGAAACGAAAAGUCGAAGAUGUUGACAAUCACUGACGGCACCAAACUCUUGAAAGCUAUCGCUUUUACGAACAGCAGCUUGGAAGUGCUUUUGCCUGGUGGUGGUAGAGUACUGAGUGCAGCGACGACGAAACAUCCGUUACUGAAGCCGGCUUUGCCGGUGGAAGCGGAGAUGCUGCCCAUGUGGAGCUAUCAAUUGAUGUCGUUGGGCGAAUUAACGAACACCAUGACGACGACGUACAACCUGGUCGGAGAAGUUAGCCAUCCUCAGCAAACGCUCAACAGAGAGAUCUGGGUGAACGACACGCGAGUGAUAAGCGUCGAAUUCGAACAGGCGUUCAGCCGCGAGACGUUCUACGACAAGGCGGGAACUCCCCUACUGACGGUGACCUUCGACCAGGCCGGACUACCCUUGGUCUGGCAACCGUACGAGCAGGGUCACAAUCUCAGCAUCUCGUACGAUCGAUUCAAUAGGAUCGACAGUUGGAAAUGGGGCGCCUCCGACGAGUCAUACGGCUACGACCGACACGGCCAACUGGCAGAAAUCACCAACAGCAAGGACGGCACGAAACGAUACACCUACAACGACUUCAACAUGCUGUCGAAGAUCACGCUCGCCAGCAAUAGGCAGUUCUCGUUGCAAUACGACGACGACGGUGGACUACGACAUAUCAUUUUACCGUCGGAAACCAAGCAUUCCUUCUCCUGCCAGGCUUCCCUCGGCUUCCUCAGGGUGACGUACACUCCACCCGGCAGCACCAGAGCGUAUCUGCAGCACUACAGUCACGACGGAAACCUGCUGCAAACCGUAUUCCCGGGAGACGGAGCUCGUAUCGUCUACAGAUAUCACACCUCGGGUCAAUUGGCGGAGAUCGUUCACGGCGACGGCAAGAGCGAGAUCAGAUACACGGAGAGCGGACUACCUUCCGAGGUGAUACAUUCUGAGAGGGACGUGGAGUACAAGUGGGAUUAUCAGUAUAGCGCGGGUCUACUGGUGGAAGAGCGCAUAGAUUUCGGCGCGAAGACUGGCCUGAGCAACGCCAAAUUUACAUUCGAAUACGAUUCGAACUUCCGCCUGGUCGCAGUGCAAGGUAGAAUAGGCGGCCAGACGCUGCCGCCUCACACUAUGGCUUACAGUCCGCGAUCGGGUACGCUGGAGCAGAUCGGACAGUUCAAGGUGACGAGGCCGCAGACGAACGAGACGACCGUGUUUGACGGCACCGCGCUGUUCUCGCGCACCACGGACGACCGUUUCCUGGAGACUCAGGUCACGGUGACGAUCCAUCGAAUGGAGGUGUUCAGGAUGGAGUUCACGCACGAUUCGCGCGGCCGCAUCAAUCAGACGAGAACGUACACGCGCAACGUCGCCGUUAACACAUACACGAACGUGAAGAAUUACACGUGGGACUGCGACGGCCAGUUGACCGGCGUGGAGGCGCAGGAGCCGUGGGGUUUCAAGUACGACGCCAACGGUAAUAUGCUGUCGCUCACAUAUCGCGGUAACACGAUCCCGAUGGAGUACAACGCCAUGGACCGAAUAGUCAAGUUCGGCGAGGGCCUGUACAAGUACGACAAUCGAGGUCUGGUGGUGCAAAACGCGAGAGAGGAGAGAUUCAAUUACAACGCCAAGGGUCUCCUCGUGCGUGCCACUAAACGCGGCCGCUUCGACGUGCGAUACUAUUACGAUCAUCUCGAUCGCCUGGCCACGAGGAAGGACAAUUACGGCAAUGUCACGCAGUUCUUCUACAACAAUCAGAAACGGCCGCACGAAGUGAGCCAGAUAUACAGCCCGCGCGACGGUAAACUGAUGUCGCUGGUCUACGACGACAGGGGACAUCUCAUUUACGCACAAGUGUACCGGCACAAAUAUUACAUCGCCACUGAUCAGUGUGGUACGCCCAUUAUGAUCUUCAAUCAGUACGGCGAAGGCAUCAGAGAAAUUAUGCGUUCGCCCUACGGCCACAUCGUUUACGAUUCGAAUCCAUAUCUUUACUUACCGGUCGACUUCUGCGGAGGACUUCUGGAUCAGGUCACCUCCCUCGUUCACAUGCCAAACGGUAAGGUUUACGACCCGCUGAUAGGCCAGUGGAUGUCGCCGCUCUGGGAGAACGUUUUGGAUCGCGUGGACAAGCCGACGCACCUACAUCUUUAUAGAUUUAACGGAAACGAUCCGAUCGACGUCAGACACACGGACAGACCAAGUCAACCAACCGAUCACAUAUCAUGGCUGUCGCAUCUCGGAUACGACCUGAAGAGUUUAGCGCCACAGCUAUUCCCAGACGAGCUGCCGGAAAGCCUCGUCCCGCGAGCGCUCGGUCCGGGCACCUCUAUUUUCGGUAAGAAGAAAAGAACGCGCAAUCUGGGCGUCCAAUCCGGUUUCCUCGCGCACAUCGCCCAGAGGCAUUCGGGCGACGCGGUGAGCCUGUCCGCGCCACCGCGAUCGGCCUUGAAGAAGGACACGAGCGAGUUGAUACCCAGCCGCCUGGGUGCGGCGUCCGAUCCGCCGUUCGGCAAGGGUAUCCUGGUGUCGAGGACCGCUGACGGCCAGGCGGUGGUGUCCAGCGUGCCCAGCGCUAACGCUAUUUACGGCGACGUGUUCACGUCCGUGUUCAAUCGCUCGUACUUCCUGCCGUUUACGUUCGUCGUGCACAGCGCGCAGCAGGACGCCUUCUACUUCGUCAAAGAGGAAACCUGGCGCGCCAGCGAGGAUCGUGGUCAGCUGAAACGAUUGGGCGGUCAGGUGAACACGACGUUCCACGAGAACGAGAACGGCAGCGGCAGCAGCUCGCUGAUAGACGUGAAGAUACACGGCGCCAGCUACGUGGUAAACUUGCGCUACGGUACCACGGCGGAGAAGGAGAAGCAGAGGCUGCUGCAUCACGCGAAAGCGACCGCCAUCAGGAAGGCGUGGCACCGGGAACGCGAGGCCCUCAAAACGAACACCCCCACGUCCGUCGAGUGGAUGGUCGCCGAGCAGGACGAGAUACUGAAGGUCGGCCUCGCGUCCAACUACGAGGGCGAGUAUAUACACGACGCGCAACAGUAUCCCGAGCUCGCGGAGGACCCGUACAACGUCAGGUUCGUGAAGAAGGCCGUCGACCAGUCGAGCAAGAAACGACGCAGGAGGAGAGGCGCGCCGUCCUGUAAGCUCUGGUGGUUAGACAAGAUGUGCUAGAGCGAUUUGAGAGCCUCAGUCGUAUUGUCCCCCUCGCGCGGGGACAUUGUCCAGUAUCGAAGCCGCGGGACUUUCGAGUGAGCGACACCGAGAGGUAGGGAAAUAGAAAGAGAAAGAGACACCGGAAACGUGAAAGUCGACGAAGGGGGUAAAAGAAAAAAUGCCGCUGUAGCACGCCGUAGCGCAGCGUCCGAUAUGUAUAUGCACGCGCAUAUAUAUAUAUAAACGUACUGAACACUAUCAAAAAGUUUUAUACCAAAGUCUAUUUGUGUAUUUCAAAAGAUGCCAAAAACACUAUAACGUUAUAUUAUAUAUAUAAUAAAUAUAUAUAUUAUACCACGAGGUAUAGGGUACGUAGGGUGUAAGAGCGUCAAGCGCACGCGGGAGGAACGCGGGUUUCACCGAGUAUUCGCUCCACGGACCAGCUGCGCGACCGAUCCGCGAUUGGCAAAUCCGCGAAAGCCUUAGAUAAACGACGACAGGGGAGGAAAGGGUGAGAAAAUCGGGAGAGAGAGAGAGAGAGAGAAUGUGCACACCGGAUCCCGGACCACGCGAGCCUGGAAGGGAAGGAGGAACAUUGCGAAAUUCCCUCUGAGAGUUUUAACGCGACGUAGACGCAGCUAAUUACCAGCUUGCAGAUUUGAAUUAAAUUCCAGAAUGUGGAGUUUUUCUGAUUACGUUCGUGCGAGGCAAGGCUCGUGCCGGCAAGCUCGUGGAGCUUGCGCUCGAGGCCUAAAGUAAAUGAUGGAUACCGUGGUACCGCGCGUGCGAAUCGUGCACAAUACACCGCAUUGAUACAAGGUAAUUAUAGUUAUAUCGCGAAGAGUGAGGAGAAAAAAGGAGAGAGAAGAAAAAAAAUGGGUAACAGGCCAUUCGUAGUUGAGAACUGACGAGACAGGGAGAGAAAGAGAGAGAGAAAGAGAAACUAGUCAAUACAUAGCUUUACAUUGACAUAGCAGCCUUCUUCGGCGUAGGAUAAAUGCGAAUCGGGAGGAGCGACGGUGUUGACGACGACGUUAACGUUAGCCAUGUGUACGUUUGCCCUGCCAGCGAUAUUUUAACGUCGUACUUAGAAAAAAAAAAGAUCAACGGCGGGUGUGACGCAAGUACGGUAUUCGCGCGGUGACGAAUACGAAUGCGAAAAGCGGCAGCGGGCGCCAAAAAACGAAUACGGAAACGCGCGUAACGUGUCUCAACCAUGAAUGGCCUCGGCGAGAAGCGGCAGAUAAUUGAGAAAGAGGAACCCCGGGGAAGGGAGGGGGGGGAGUUAAAAGCGAUCCUCGUGGUGUCCUCGAGGAAGGACUAUAGGAGCCAGCGAUCGUGCGGACUUGAUCGCGCGGUCUCGAGCUUGAAUUCCGUUCGCGGCUUUAGGCAAUUAAGGACGAGACGAAUUUGUAUUAUAAAGUGGUGCUUUUCUUGUACGGCGGAGCGAAUGCGUGAGCGAAAGAGCGACGGAGUGAGAGGAUCAGCCGAUGAUCGGUGCGAGGAUGAGCGUGCAUGAGGUCGUCGAAUACCAAUAGCGCGACUAAACGUAUUUUUAACAUGUGGAUGUGUCCUAUCCGUAGCGUAAGCGUUCCCGAUCGUCGCCGAUCGGUGAUCGGUCUGUAAUUGCAUGCGCCGUGGCAUGCGCGCGAAUGUGCGGGAAGACAAGUCGCUCGGGAUCGACGGUGGGCUAUCCCUCCGACUGAUUCUCGCGUGAUCGCGGAGGGAGAUGCGAGCCGCGGGCGUGCGAGCCGCGAUGUGUCUGCGUGUGUAAACCGGAAACGGUGGAAAUUCGAGAGAGGGAUAAACUCAUUAUCGGUAAAAGUAAUACGUAUACAAUAUCGCAUAUUUGUGCUUGCUGGAUAUGAACGUAACGGACGUUAAACUAUGUUUCCUUACCGAGAGUACUAAGUAUGUGUAACCAAAAUUACUGCCCGCCAAGUAACGAUCGUUUUCGCCCUGUGUAUGUGUAUGCAUGUGUGCAUAUAUGUAUGUAUGUGUGCGUACGUGCGCGCGCGCCGAUCGCUCGCGCACAAAAGAGACCCAUAUACGUGCAUCGAACCAUCCUUAGCGUCGGAAAUCCCUCUCACAUUAUCACCCGCCAAUCUUCCCUCUUCUCCCUCAUUCCCCAUUUCCCUCCAUCCUCCAAUCCCAUGAAGAUUCCAGAUCUAUCGAUUUGUCGCACGUAUUGUUUGUUCGCGUCUCCACGAACGUUCGUACCCGCCAUUGAUAUUUUGCAUCGCGGCUUUAGAGACGGUGCCGUUUAUGGAUAGUUAGUGGCACAACGACAUUGCUGUCUGAAAUAGAUGAAGAAUAAAAAAAAUGUUAUCUAUAUGCUGAGUGUAUAAAAAAAAUAUAUAUAUAUAUAGAGCGAGAGUGAGAGAGUGAGAGAAAAGAAUGAGAGAGAUAUAGGGAAGCUUCGUAAUGUAUUUUUAACUCGAGCGAGUGUUUAGACCUAAACUACCCAACAACGCAAAAUUGUAAAAGACUUCCGAAGGAUGUCCAAACGAUGUCUGAAAGAUUAGGCCGUCUUUACGGCUUCUUUUACGGUGCCGUGUUGCCCGGGCAAACUUUUAAAUCGCGGUCCAAAACGAGCUCCUCCUGUCGGAGGCACGCGCGCUCGCACGUGCCGACGAGGCCGCAAGGGCGAUCCUUUUUGUACAUUUCACGUCCUCGUUCGCACGCGCGAAACGACAAACGCGAAAACGGAACUCGCAAAAAUCGCGCCGUGAAUAUCUACAUCCUCGCGCGUGUGUUCAUCAUCGCGUACUCUCGCGGACGGCCGCGCGAAUAGGCUCGAUCGUCGAGCCGCAUUCCUCCCUCGCUUAUCUAACAAUAAGCGUAACCGACACAAUCGUAUUUCGCUUUAUUUUAACUUCAUCUUUAGAAGGCACUCGUAUAUGAAAACAGCGAAAAUCUUGAAACUCAUUAAUUAAAUCUCAAAUAAUUUACUCUGACUGUUGAAUUCAAUUUCUUAGAAGCAACCGCUUUAGAAUCGCGUUUAAAUUCAAUAAUAAUAAUAAUAAUAAUAACGAGCCCUCGGCUACAUCGAAUAACUCUAUCCAGUUAACUGUAAUAAUGAGGCAGCUAUCGGUCUCUCCUUUCAGCAGUGGUGGUAAUUUCGCGAGGGUGAUGAUAUUGGAGGGUGAUUUCCGUUAAUCUUCCGAGGGCUUCUGCUUUCUCUAGAUAAGCGAAAUAGGAGUGCUUCGACAUUCGUGCACAUCUAAACACUCAUCGUUUCCCCUUUGGCCAGCCAACCUCCCCCUCACACCUGCUCCCCCACUGCCCAUCAUACACUGCCCUACACACUCUUGAUCUUUAGCCGUAUUAUCCACUGUUGGAUCCGGCAACGGUGCGUUCAAGAAGAAUCGACUAUUUUUUAAAUAUCACGUGUCAAAUUAACGAGCGGGCCAGGUAGCCGCGAUAUUACGUGUCGUACGGGUGGGGUCCUCCCCCAAAAAACUCGACUCGAGGCCCAAGGCCCGAUCCCGUCUCACGCGAUUAUAAUAUUAGAAAAAAAAUUCACUCUCUAACUUCCGUGAAGUUUCAUCUCUCGUUUUUGCGAACUCGUUCCAGACUCGUUCGUCCCCCGCGACCGCUCGCGGGGGAUCGCGACAAACUCCACGUACUUCUCUAAAUAAAUAAAUAAAUAAAUAAAAAAAAAGAAACGAAGUAGAACGCGCGAAGAAAUAAUGAUUAUGUGAGAUAAAUAAAUAAAUAAAUAUAAAUAUAUAUGAAUAUAUUGAGAAGAUAUAUAUAUAUAUACAUACACGAGAGGAGCUAGAGUGGCCAAUUAUAACAGUAAACCGUCGAUCCACGAAUUUGCGGCGCGAUUGGUUUCUCGAGCGCGACUCCACGCCGAAAAAAAAGGGGGGGAAUAAAAGAAUUCGCGAUUCCGGAAAACGUGACGAAAGUUGAGGAUGCGAGAGCGAUAAAAUGUAGAGCGAGAAACGAAAGAAGGGAAGAAGGAGAGCGUGAAAAUGAGAGAUAUCGAAGAUUUAAGCGAGCGCGAAAGGCGAACCGGAAGAGUCAGCCACGCUAAAGCUACUACGACCACUACCUUAGAUAGAUUACGCUACUUUGCCGCUGAUCUAAUUGUUUACUGUCACGUGUUGCUGUAAACCUAAACCUAACGAUACGAUAUUAUAUAUAUUUUAUUUAUAUAACC